AUGGCGACCCUCGCCGAGCACCCGACGGUCGUCCAGUCCUCCACGGCGUCGCCUAUGCCAACUAUCAACGCUGGUUACGACCAGGACCUUGACUCCUUCAUCAAUUUCGACCAACUCACCUACACCUCCUCCGACCCCUCUCGCCCCAAGGUGGCAUUGGCCAGUGGUCCAUCACUAGCCGGUACCGAUUUCAGCAGCGAUGUCCGCAGUGCCAGCUUCGCUUCCAGCAGCCAGUCUCCGAUUGCCUUCCAGGCCCCAAGUCACCAUUACGAAGAUCACCGCCAGCAGACAGGUCUGCCCCCUGGUGCCCUGUCGAUGACAUACAACCAGGUCAGCGGUAUGCGAUAUGGAAAUGGCAACCAGGCGUACCCGAUAAACGGCGAGAUGUAUGGUUCGCAGAUGAAGCGGGAGGAAGCACCGUUCGACUUCAACAGCGCUGCUCCUCGCAACCCAUCUGAGAUGGACAUCGAAUCGGACGGCGUGAACUCGGCCCCCUACUUUUUCCAGGCAAACACCGCCAACAAGAAUCAAUACGUCGACCCUAGCGCUCUCGGCGGCCAAGAGCUGGCUCAAGGCCCGUCGACCCAGGUCGGCCGCAUGUACCCUGGCAUGCAUCAGCAGCAGGCUGCGAUGGCCAAGGCCCAGGCCGCUCAGCAGCAGCAACAACAAUUCCGCCAGCCGCAAAUGCAGCAACACCGCCCGGAAGAGCAGAUCCCUAAUGCUAUCCCGCAGAACCGUGCCAUCCGCCAUCCCGACCCCGUAGUGGAGGAGCGCAUCUCCCGUCUGCUCCAGCAGAUGCGACAGAACGCCAUGGCCUCAAGCGAGGGAUCUCCGACUCCGUCAUCGAUGUUGCCGCAGAUGGCCAAAACGAGGAAGGAUGAGCAGGAUAUGGACGAGGACGAGCGCCUUCUUGCUAGUGAGGCGGGCAAGAAGCUGACGAGCAAAGAGCGUCGUCAAUUGCGGAAUAAGGUGUCGGCUCGCGCCUUCCGGUCUCGACGCAAGGAGUACAUUGGUCAGAUGGAAGGUGAAGUGGCUGCCCGCACCAAUGAGGUCCAUGAGCUGCGCCUGCAAAACCGGGCGCUCUGCGAGGAGAAUACCCGCCUGAGCGAGCUGGCCCACAUGCUCCUGGCCUCGCCUCAUUUCUCGUCCUUUCUCAAUGACAUGCCCGACACCGGCGUGCCUGCCCAAAAUCACCCGACGCCGCAGCAGCAAUCUCAGCCUCAGCCACAGCAGGCAGCUUCGCAACCGACUAUGCAAACCUCAGUGCCCAAGGAUACCAAUGCCAACCGUAACCCGCAGGAGUAUCAGAUGCAGCAGAACCCCCAAGUCAUGAUGGUGCCGCAACAGAACAUUGAUCCCUCGGCUAUGGCUAUGAACAACGGUGGUUGGAACUCGGGAAUCGACAUGAACUACGGAAAUACCAAUGUCUUCGCGGUGCUGGACAUCCCUCAAGGCCCGGCCCUCGAUGCCGAGGUCCUCUCGGGCAAGUCUUCGUCGCUAGCUGAGCACUCCAAGGAUGAGAGACCUGUUAUUGACAACCCCGCCGGCGACGCGCCCACCCGCGACAUUGGCGUUGCCAACCCUGAUGUCGAGCUAGACGAGUCCGAUCCUGCUUUUGCCCUGUUCAUUGACUCUCCCGCGUCUGUUUCUUCAGAGGACGAUUCAUCACCAUUUGAUGGCGUUCGUCCGGAGAAGUCGUCUCCUCACUUUGAGCUUGUUGUCGAUGGAUCAGAUGUCACCGCUGCCACGAAGAGCCGCUUUGCCCAUCUGUGCCACAGCAUCGAAUCUGCCUUCGAACGAGUUUCAUCGGUCACUUCACACCUCCAGUGA